AAUUAGGAGUUAUGCAGCCUCUCCAAAAGAUGAUAGUCAAUUAGAUCCCUCAAAAAAAGCCCUUAGCAUUAUCGAUUCCCUCCCCGGGAAUUCCAUAAUUUCCAAGACAGGUUAUAUCACAGUGGGUGCCGGAUUGGCAACUUUAGUAAUUUCCAAAGAAUUAUACGUUGCUAAUGAAGAGACCUUGAUGGUGGUUGCCUUUGCUGGAAUGGCGACUGCCGUUUAUCGUAUGGCCAAGCAACCCUUCAAUGAAUGGGCGGCGGAGCAAAUGGCUCGCGUUAACAACGUUCUUGAUCAAGCUCAGGAGGAUCACAAGUCUGCAGUAAAGGAAAGAAUUAAUACAGUUAGUCAAUUGAGAGACAUUGUUGAUGUUACAAAAACAUUAUUCGCGAUUUCUAAGGAAACCGCGAAAAUAGAAGCUGAGGCCUUUGAGUUGAAACAAAAAGUUGCCGUAGCUAGUGAAGUAAAAUCCGUUCUCGAUUCAUGGGUACGAUAUGAAGCAUCUUUACGUGAGCGAGAACGGAAGGCACUUGCAAAUCAUAUUAUUGAACGUGUUAAAGUUCAAUUGGAGGAUUCUACAUUGCAACAAAAAAUUUUGGACCAAUCUCUUAUUGAUCUUGAAAGUAAAUUAGAUGUGAGUAGCAGCUCAGUUCGGAAUUUUUUCCCUUUUAUAAUAAUGCCCUCUACACAAUCAGAAAUGCCUCAAAACUCUACAGAGUCUUCCCAUUCUACUUUAUCAUCCUCUUACAAAAUUCGCGCAAAUCUCUCUCCUCUCGAACGUUUCAUUACCAUAACCACAAUCUCGCUAGGCUGGGGUCUGUUGUUUGGUUCCUAUCCUGGCGCGAAAACAGCGGGUCUUCAGUAUCUAGCUGAGAAUGCUCACAAACUUCCUCGUACUAGAAGCGGAUGGUAUCAUUACCAUAAACGUAAAAAUUUUGUAAUGAUAGUGGGUGGUAUGAAAAGUGGUAUUUAUCUGGCCGGUAAAACUAGUUUGAUAUGUUUGUGUUUUAGCAGUGUAGAAACGAUAUUGGAUGAAUUGAGAAAAGAAAAUGAUAUCUGGAAUAGUUGUGCUGCAGGCUUUGUGAGUGCAAGCAUUGUAUCAAUUUUUUAUCGUUUACCACGGCAGAGCACAAAAUAUGCAUACAUUAUAGGGCUUGGAUUUGGAUUAUUUACUGGUGGCAUGCAAGAUUACCUUAAAAUUCGGUUAAAAUUCCUGCUGUCAAUGUACCGAGGCACCUUAAAUAAUGCCAAAUUGAGAGAUUGGGGUAGAACCAACACGAUGGCAUUGUAUCCUUGA